AUGAAAAUCUGCCUUCUUCCGGCUUCCGAUUCGAUGGGACCCGCCGCAACUCUUUGGCUUCGCUUGUAAAUCCCUAACGUAACGAUCGAACGGUCGUCCUCUCCGUCGCCUGCCAUCUCAUGCCUCCGCCUCAAAAAUCCCUCGUCGCUUCUCUUCUCAGCCACCCGAAAGUCGCCGCCCGCCUCAACCCUAACGUCGCCGCCUCCCUCCUCCCCGUCUUAGCCACUCCCUCCCCCUCCCUCCUCCCUCUCCGCGCCGCCCACGCUCUCCUUGCCGUCUCCGGAUCCACCGCCCACAAGCCAGUCGCCCGCCACCUCAUCCUCCUCUACUCCCGCUGCUUCCCAGACGAUGCCAUCCUCCUCCACUCCGCCCUUCGAUCCCCCGACAACGUCUCUGCUAACAACAUUAUCAAAUCUCUCGUCCGCGUCGGAUCCGACGGCUCCCGGGCCGUCCAUUUCUUCGCCUGCCAUGCCCACCCGGUUGGCUCCCGGCCAAGCCUUUCCACCUUCCCCCUCCUCAUCACCUCAGCCAAGCUCCGGGAAUCAAUUCACCAAGGCGAGAUGUUCCACGACCUUGCAUUGAAGUUGGGAUUUUUAAGCAAAUUGCCCGUGGCCAACUCCUUGAUCCACUUGUAUGCUUCUUGUGAUGCGUUGGACCUGGCAAGGCAGUUGCUCGACGAAAUUCCCGUGAAAGACCACGUCUCAUACAACUCCGUUCUGGAUGGAUAUGUCAAAAGUUGCAAUUUUGGUCAGGCCGAGCAGCUGUUUCAGAUCAUGCCUUCCCGUAGUAUCAUUUCUUGGUCUACUCUCUUAAAUGGGUAUGUCAGAAACAAGAUGUUUAACAAGGGAAUAUUGUUAUUUCACCAAAUGCAAGAGCUUGGGGUUGAGCCGGAUGAUUGCUCACUGAUCAGUGUGCUGUCAGUCUACUCGCAGUGUAAGCUUCCACUGCAUGGAAAAUCAGUACAUGGGUUCUUGGUGAGGAGGUGGCGGAGGAUACCAACUCAUGUAAGUAAUGCAGUGGUCGGCUUCUACUGCAAGUGUGACUUGUUAGAAGCAGCAGCUGAAGUAUUCAAGAGAAUCACCAACAAGGAUCUGAUUUGUUGGAACACGCUGAUAUCUGGAUUUGGAAGUCUUGGCCGUAGCAUGGAAGCAAUCGGUUUCUUCAAUACAAUGUUGCAGGAAGGUGUAAAACCAAAUGACAUUACUUUUACAUGUAUCUUAGUAGCCUGUGCUCAUUCAUGCUUGGCUGAGGAAGCACACAAAUAUUUUAAGAUGAUGACUGAAAAGUAUAAUAUCAAACCAAAAUUUGCACAUUACUGGUGUUUGGUUGAUCUAUAUGUUCGAGCUGGAAAUCCUGAAGAUGCACUGAAGGCAAUUCAAAAUAUGCCCUUGCAUAAUUCGUCUGCUAUAUGGGGUGCAGUAAUUUGGCUAGCAAAGGUUCGAGGUGAUAUUAGUGUAGGAGAGCAUUUAGGGAAAUGUUUGAUUGAGCUGGAGCCAUAUAAUAGCAAACGAUAUGCCCCUCUAGUAAAUGUUUAUGCUGCAGCAUCAAGAUGGGACAAAUAUAAAGAGUUGAAAGACUUGAUGAAGGCAAGAGGAUUAAAAAGGCUGCCUGAUUCUACACUGAUAGAUUUGAAUGUUGUUGUUCACAAGUUUUCUGUAGGCGAUGAAUCCCAACCAGAGAUUCUGCAAGUAUAUGAAAUGCUGAAGAAAAUUGCAGAACAACUAAAAUUGCAGCAUCCUAGGGUUGAGGAAACCACAGUUGAUGCGAUUUAGUUCCGGAAGAAAAUUUCAUAAUCUUGGAUAUUCCUCUCCUCAAUUGGUUUAACGCUGCAGGACUGCAGCUGGUCAACCAGAAAUGUUAAGCAGUUCAGCUUUAUCUGCUAGCUCAAGCAUGGUGGAAGCGUUCUGAAUCAGCAGGUCUCUAGCAACAUGAACAUGAGUUGCCGGAAUUUUAUCUUUUGGAAAAAGAGGCGGUAAGUAUUUUAUGAGAAUAGAACCUCUUUCGGAAAGGGAUUUACUUUCUAAAAUACAUGUAACUUGAGCUGUGAAGAUAUGCAUUACAAUUCUUUGGACCUGUAAAAUCCAUUAUUGGAUUGCAUGGAUGUAAUUUGAACUCUGAAAUAAGGAUUACAAUUGAACCAGCCUCUUUGGCAUCUCAAAGUCUGUCUCAUCCACAUUAUGCAAAUAGUUAUCCAAAUAGAUAAGGAGAAUGAUUUCUCGUACCGAAGAGGAGAUUCCCAGAGUACUUGAGAGAAUACCGUCCGAGGCUAUUCUUCCAUAGUCACCUUUGGAAGUGUCAUAUUUAGUAAUUGUCCUCCAUCUUGAUCAUUCUUUUGGAUCAGCAGGAGAGCCAACUGGAGAGCCUACGCCUGGCACCGACAUGAGACCGGAUGCGGACGCGUGUUAGAAUCUGAUCAAAGCGAUCCAGAAAUUGGAGCAGAGGACAGUGAAGGAUCGCCCACCUCUCACAAAGAUUUCGUUUGAUGUUUUCAGCUUA